GGUGACAGCUGGCAGCGUCCUGCAAUAUUUUGGUCUGUUUUCAUCUUUUCCACUUUUCCAGACAAAUAUUUCGUAGAAAUUAAAUUAUUAAAGAGUAGUUUCUGCAGGCAUUUUUUUCCGUGAUCGUUUGGUAGAAAACGACGACAACAGGUUAAUUGAUCAGCAGUAAGGUGGAAAUCUGGAACUAAUCGCUGUGACAGUUGAACUGCGAGAUUUUCCUGAGUCGUGCUUCUCGGUUGGCGGAGUCUGAUUUGCGAGUGCGCCAUUCAACGAUUCGUUGAGCAUUCCACUAUUUGGGACAGCCACUGAAGAAGCCAUUUGAAAGCCCUUUAUUCUCAGCCGUUGUGCCCCGGGAUAGAGGACCCGUGGAACGCUGUCGGUAGUGCGAUAUCAUCGAGGAUGUGGUCGGCGUUGCGGGGUGGCGUGGCGCGCGGAGCUUCAUUCGGUUCGCUGCAGCUGCCUGUGCAGUUCGUGCCCAUGACGGCGCACGCGACGGUGCUGGUGCAGCGUCGCCACGGCAGCACGACGGCGGUGGGGGAGCCGGGGGUGCAGGCGGAGAUCGGGGAGCUGGUGAAGGCGCACAAGGUGGUGGUGUUCAUGAAGGGCGUCAAGCAGCAGCCGCAGUGCGGCUUCAGCAAGACCGUCGUGCAGAUCCUCGACAUGCACGGCGUCCACGACUUCCACGAUGUCAACGUCCUCGCUGACGAUAAAUUCCGCCAAGGCGUGAAGGACUUUAGCAAGUGGCCGACGAUCCCGCAGGUGUUCAUCGGCGGGGAGUUCGUGGGCGGGAGCGACAUCCUGCUGCAGAUGCACCGCAGCGGCGAGCUGAUGGACACGCUGAAGAAGGCCGGCAUCCACUCCACCAUCCCCGAUCCGCCCAAGACGGAGACGCCGGCCAAGGACAAGAAGACGGCCGCCGGAUGAAACCAGCGACACAAUUCAAGAGCUGCCCGCUGCGGGUGAUACGCGGUCGAUAGGGAAAUUACUUCGUUAGUGCGGCUACUUUGUGCCGCUUUUGAUAAGUGAUGUGGUGCCGUGCUGUGUACGCCUUGUAACGUGUAUUUAAUUGCUGAUGAUUUUAGCCGUUAUGUGAAUCAGCUGCGAUAUGUGAAUCACCUUCAUGGUUUCUCUGUUACGCCCUUUUCUAAUAUGAUUUUUGCUGUUUUGCAUGUUGGCCUUCGUGAACUAUUGCGAGAUGAAGCGUAGAGGAGAUUUUCCAGUAAAAUGCGGAUGAAAAUGU